AUGGCAUCCUCACCAGCCAACCUCGAUUUUGGCCAUGUUCCUUUCUUGGACCUGGCCUAUGACAACAAUGAAUCACACGACUCGGCCCUCAAACUCAUCUUGACUCUCAUGCCGGAUUGGGCUAGCGAAGACUCAGAUGUCGACUUUGUGCGCUUUACUGAUGGCAUCACCAACACUCUUUUAAAGGCCAUCAAUCGCCGCCCUGGUAUGUCAAAGCUUGAUGUUGACCGAGAUUCCAUUCUGCUGCGUGCUUAUGGUCAUGGAACUGCCGUUCUCAUUGACCGUGAACGUGAGGCCGAGAACCAUGAGCUACUCAUGAAGCACGGCCUUGCUACUCAGUUGCUUGCUCGUUUCAAAAAUGGCAUGAUGUACCGUUAUAUCCUGGGCAAGCCUGCCCGCGCCCAGGAUCUCUGUGAACCUCUUAUCCUAUCUGCCAUUGCCCGACGUCUCGCGCACUGGCACGCGACUGUCCCUUGCUUGCCAGACCCAAACCACGCCCGGGAUGACAAGCACGUAAACGGUAAUGCCUCUACCAACGGCCAUGCCAAUGGUUGUGUGAAUGGAGAUGGCGACAAGUCCCGUCAAGAACAAAUUGAUAGUACUGCUCCUGGCAAGCCUCCACCUAACAUGUGGACGACCAUGCAGAAAUGGAUCUUUGCCUUGCCUACUGAUACGGAGGCUCAACGAGAAAGGCAAGCCCUGCUGCAAGCCGAGUUGGAGGAGAUGGUAAAGAAGUUGAGUCAACGGCCUGGCCUUGGCAAGAACGGGCUUGUAUUUGCACAUUGCGAUCUGCUAUGUGCCAAUGUUAUCAUCCACGAAGAUGACGAUGCUGCACCUACAGUCGACUUCAUCGACUACGAGUAUGCUACUCCUUCGCCUGCCGCGUUUGAUGUGGCGAACCAUUUCGCAGAGUGGGCGGGAUACGACUGUGAUUACGCAGCCGUCCCUAGACAGGACCAGCGACUCGCUUUUGUGACGGAGUACAUCAAGUCCUAUUUUGCGUUAACAGGCGAGAGUGUUGACGAGGAAGAGGAAGUGCGCAAGCUUAUGGUUGAAGUCGAUGCCUACCGAGGAGUGCCAGGCUUCUACUGGGGCAUCUGGUCACAAAUUCAAGCCGUCAUCUCAAAGAUUGACUUUGACUAUGCUCAGUAUGCCGAGCUGCGUUUGGGCGAGUACUGGGCAUACAAGGCUGAGGAGGAUGGUAGCCGAAAAGCUUCAGGCCAAGAGAUGCCGCUGAGGGAGCAGACGUGGUGGCGCAACGAGUAG